AAAUCAUGUUGUAUACUGUGUUCUAGUUGUUGAAAUUUGUUUUCCGUAUGCCCCCGCUCGAUUUGGAGGGGUGCAAAUGGUUGUUGUUCGCGUGUGUUUACUUCAGAAAUGAGCUGAGUUCACCAACUAUCAGUUUCCAUACUUGUUAUUGAUUCUGAUUUUCAUAUUGGCUACAUACGUGUCAGUUAUUUACAAUGCGUCGACAACUGGAUGGGUUUGACAGCCCUUGCAUUUCAGAACGGGAGUAUGUAAAGCUUCAGUAUGGCCGUAAAAUCGCUCAGGAUGCUUGUCUCUUAGCCACUAUGAAAACUCCAGACUGGUCACAUGGAUCUCCUGCAUUUAUUGGCAAACACAAUAUAGUUCCAUGCACUGUGACUACCAAUUCUGGCAAUUCUACUCUUAAAAUGUAUCCUUACUCAGUGUAUUCAUCAUUCAGACCUCUGGAGACAAAGUUCCAUCCCUGUUUGGUGAGACAGGAAUGUCGCAUUAAUUAGUCUGUCAAUUUCCAGACAUCGUUUUCUUGCAUCCUUUGCUAAUCCUCCGGGUGCAGUUCGCUAUCUCGAACACUGUUUUUCUACUCGUAAUUCUUCGGUUUAUCAUAUUUUUUCAUGGUAAACAAUUAUGUGAUGGAGACUUCCCAUAAAGUGCUUGUCAGUCGGAUCUCAGUCGAUGUCAUAAAUAUCGGUCGAAUUAUUUGAGACAUCGUUGCCUGUCGGGUCCAACAGUUGCUAUGCUACUUCCAACAGUGAGUCACGAGUCAACAUCUCUUUCACGCACUGCUGUCCACUCCUCAGUAUUUGAAAACUGUGGUCUCGGAGUAAUAGAUCAAUCUAUUCCAUUGUCUCACUUAAUAAUUCCACGUUCUCCAGGACCGAAGAUGACGUCAAACUUAUCACAUCUCAAUAUGUGUCCUAAGCCGCUUUCUCGUAUUUCGAAUCCUUUUUUUGAACCUCACUGUUUUUCCAGUACUGAAUUUCACUCUACUCAUGCAUCUCAUUCGCGUUUCGCGUGUAGCUAGAAUUAUUUUAAGUGCUGGCGUACUUUUAACAACCCAACGCAUUUCUGAUGAAAUUUGCCCAGUCAAUUUUAUGGUCUCGACCCCUGUUUAUCUCGUUCCUUGCAUUUAACUACUAGAUGGCACAUUAUUACAAAUUCUUUGUCCUUCACCACAUAAAUCUCAGUAAUUUACCACCUAGUUAUGCUAAGUUUUCAUUUUUUCAUAGUACUAUUAUGUAUUUGAAAUCCUCUAAAUUGUAGGAUUUUUAUCAUUCAUACCAACUUAUGUUUGGUUCAUUCCACACUAACUUUGGAACUGCUUUUCUUUUUUUGUCAGCAACUAUUUAUACACUGGCGUAUACGUCACGUCAGUGAUUGUUCGAAUAACUUUCCUUGAUUAGGUAUUGGAACUAAUUUCGUUUUAUUCCAGUUCUUUUAUACAUACG